ACCGGCAUUCCUAAGGAUGCCGCGUUCUCAGGGCGGGGUCGGGUCGGGCCUGGCCUGGCCCGGCCUCCACCGCGCAGGCGCGGAGCCGCCACCGCCCCUCGGCCCAUUGGCCGCGCUGCCCGCGCUUCGCUCCCCGGCCCGCCCCGCCCGCCGCCGCCGCGCAGGCGCAGUCGCGGUCCUUUCGGGAAGGUUCUGUGUCGCACCAGCUUUUCCUUCCUCCGCCAGGGAAAUCCUGUCCGGUGCCCACUUUCACCGUUGCCUCCUGCUCUGCCUGCUCCUGCUUUCAGCAUGGUUAAGAAGAAUACUAUCCCUGAUGGAUGGCGGAGUUUGACACCAGUUGGACAGCCUAUACCAGGAACGAGAUUUAUUGCAUUCAAAGUACCUUUAAAAGGGGCAAUUAACCAGAGGCUUACCCCAACCCAGAAAUUUACACCAAAAGACUUAAUUGCUGCAAUGAAAGCCCUAAACGUGGAACUUGGAUUAAUUAUUGAUUUAACAUAUACCACACGAUACUAUGAAGUUAAGGAUUUACCUAAAAGUGUGCAGUAUAAGAAACUUUAUACUGUUGGACUUGAAGUCCCUGAUAAUGCUACUAUCCUACAGUUCAAAAAGUGGGUCAGAAAAUUCCUUUGGGAAAAUGCAGGAAAUGAAAAGCUCAUUGGCGUGCACUGUACUAAUGGAAUUAAUAGAACUGGCUACCUUAUAUGUAGGUAUCUUAUAGACGUUGAAGGCUGGGAUCCAGAGGCAGCAAUUCAGGCUUUUGGCGAUGCCAGAGGUCAUCGCAUGGAUGGCCUUGUGUACCUCACAGAUCUCAGGACACAGCCCAUGCGAAGUAACCUUGGAAUGGAUGUAUGGGAUGCAGAUGAAGACAUUAUCCCACCACCACAUGCAAUGGAAGGAUCUGUAGAGCGGUUCCCAAAUGAAGAUUUUCAGGGGUCUGGCAAAAGAUUAAGAAUUUAUGAUGACCACUCUCACAAUGAUUUGCAAGGACAGAUGCAGUUGCGAGAUUUUGACUUCAUUAAUAAGGGGCCUGGACAAAGACGAAGAGCAUUUCAUGACCAUCAAACUCAGGAUGAAUUACGAGCAUCAGUGCAGAAGAGAAAUUGGGACUACAACAGGGGACCAGAACAAAGACAAAGAGCCUUUACUGAUCACCAGAUUUAUGAUGAUUAUCAAGAAAACACACAGCUGAAGGACCUAGACUUCAGUAACAAGGGGCAUGGACAGAGUUUGAGACCUUUUCAUGGACACCAGUUUCGUGAAGAUUUGCAAGCAGACAGACAGUCUUUCGACUUCAACAGAGGCCGGGAACAAAGGCAGAGAUCUUUCCCUGACCAUCCAUCUCCUAAUGAUUUGCAGGAAGACAGACAGUCAAAGGAUUUUGAUUUUGGUGGCAGAGGCCGUGGCCAGAGGCAAAAACUGUUCCAUGACCGCCAAUCUCAUGAUGAAUUUCAGACUCAAAUGCAGUUAAAAGAAUUGGAUUCUGCCAGUAGAGGUCCUGGUCAAAGACUAAGAUCCUUCCAUGACUAUGAGUCACAUGAUGACUUGCAGACACAGAUGCAAUUGGGAGAUUUUGAAUUUGUUAAGAGGGGUCGUAGGCAGAGGUUGAGACCUUUUAAUGAUCACCAGCCUCGCAAUGACUUAAAAACAGAGAUGCAGCUGAAAGAUUAUGAUAAUAAAGGUCCUGGACAAAGGUGCAGACCUUUUCAUGACCCUCAGCCUUAUGAAGGCUUACAGGAACAGACUCAAUCAAAAGAUUUUGAUUAUGGUAGUAAAGGGCAUGGACAAAGGCCAAGACCUUUUCAUGAUCAUCCAGGUCACAACGACUUGCCACGUGAAUGGUGUUCAGACAGAAGUCAGUCCUAUUCUUCCCAUGAAAACGUACCAGAACCUCAUUUCUCCUCAUCUCCUUCACUUCACAGAGAUUACGGGUCUGAUAAUGAUGACUUCACCAGAAAUUACAGUAAUCGACUACAUUGUCCUGAGGACAAUAGAAGAGUGCAUCCCUCAGAGGAAUUUAAUAGAGGAAAAAACAGAUUUGCACCAUACUCUUCACGAACAAUGCAUCCAUCUUCAUCCAUACACCAAGAGGAUAGUUCAAUAGACUAUGAAAGAAAGCCUUUUCAGGGUGAAACUACCAGAAGCAUGGAACAAAGUAAAAGAUUACCAGUUGUAACAGUUGAUUACAAUUACGGCCUGCCACUAGAUUGUGGACCUGAAGAGGAAGAGAGAUCACAUUAUGAUUUACCACCAAGAGACCACUACAACUGGAACUGAAUAAAAAGGCCAAUGUUUGCUCCACUUAGAAUUGCUCUUACCCAUUUUAUUUUGUAUGUGGACCAAUUUUUUUUAAGCAAAUUAGCUAAAUGGAAAUUUCAGUAGUAAAGACCAGGUCUCUAUUGUAAGAUUAGCUUCUACUGAUGUUUGGUUCAUUAAAUUUAUUAGGCUGUAUUUGUUAAGUGUCAUUGGAGACAGUGUCUCUGUACACAUGGAAUUUAAGCAGUCCUUCCUUUUAGUGAAAUUGCAACCCUGAAACAAACAACCCCUUAAAACAAACAACUUUCCAAGUGAUUGCAUUUGUUUUUUGUUUUACAGUUUGUUAAAAUGUAUGUGAUUUCUAUAUGCAUAAUAAAACACUGCACUAUCAGGUAGACUAGCAUUGAAAUAAUGGGGAAAAUAAUUAGAAAUUAAUGAAGCCAAGUUAUGUCCAGUUCAUCCUUUAAUUUGAAACCAGAUGUUUGAAUUAUUGCUAACAAUCACUGCAGCAUCACAAUUUACUUCUAUAUUGUCUGUACCUUUCACUGAACUGACCUAGCUGCGUUCUUUUUCAUAGCAGAAUUUUUCCCAGACUGCUAAGGACAUGUGAACAAGUGGAGUUUGAAUACUCUAAAUGUCAAACUUGCUUUUCAGUAAUUCAAAUAUCUCAUCCUGAUUGUGUAUUUUUUUUCCUGAUCCCUUAGGUUAUCAUUGUUUCAGAAUAACCCACAGGUAAAUUUUGCCAGUUUCUCAGCAACAAAUCCUAAGGAAGGUAUGUCAUGUAUGUCACCUUAGCUGUCUUCACUGGCCAAGGGCACUGGUGCCUAUGUGCUUACACUUCCUUCUUUGUCAGUCACAUCUCUCCUACUCCACAGUUCUGUUUUUUACUGGUUUCUUCUUACAGCAGAGCAAUAUAAUCAGAACAGAAGACUUACUUCGGGUGAGCUCCUUUUAAAAGUCAUGUAUUGAACAGUUUCCUGAACUGCCUGUGGCUCUCACAAAGGUAGUGCAACAAACAGUAAUUUAAUUUAUGGCAGCAGCUGUGCAGUAGCACCAACAGCUCCUAUUGUGGGUAAACAAAUCAUUCCAUAGGAUGGAAAACAGUAUUACUAUAAUACUUAGGUAAAUUAAAAUACCUACAUUUUAAUGAAGUAAUAUUUUAAAAGGCAUCACAAUAAAUAAGGAUAAAGGUAGACCAUUAUAUUAAAAUAAACAAUUGAAUGCAAGCUACUUAAGUCAUACAGUUAAGACAUUGCCUUAAAAGCAAAGCUUUAAAGCAUCAAGCAAGAGAGCAAGAGGGUGUAGGUAUACACUAGAAAACUGGAAAAAAAAGCAUUAGUAGCCAAAACCCAGAAUGAUUUUUUUUGGCUUUUACUGGCAGCAUAAAACCCAGAUUUCUGAAUUUGUGUUCUGUACUAAAUAAGAACUAGCUUGGAGUAUCCUGUUUUUGUAACACAUGCAGACAGUUCCCCUAAUCAAAGGACUCCAUGGAUAUAAAUUCAUACUGCAAAUGGUUCAUUGCCUGUGCAACUGGUAGAACAACUUGGGCUUUGUUAAUUGUACAAAGUAAAUAGUUUUCUCAUUUUCACAGCAGCUUUGUAUUUCCCAUUAAAUUGUAUUUGCUGUCAAAUCUGAUGGUGAGCUUCAUUCAUGUGGUCUCAGGAAUGAAGCUCUUUCUAUAUAACCUGGUUGUGGAACUGAACACUAAAUGUUAAGAAAAGGCAUUUGUUCCUUUGCUUGCCUUUUUUUUUUUUUUAUUAAAUCGAGCUGUAAGAUGAGAAUCUUUAUCUAGACUUCUUUAUUUGAAAGCAAGAAAGAUCUGCAACAGGGGCUACUGUAGUGCUAGAUCUUUUAAAAAAAUUAAAAAACCCCACCCUUCCUGGCAUUCUCUAGCAGGGACCCAAGAAUUACAGUCAGACACUACAAGCAUUUGUUUGAGGAUUUUUUCUACUAUGUAUCCAGUAUUCAUAAAGUAAAUAAAGAGCAGCAAACAUUUGCCCUUUGUA